UGAGAUCCCAACGUCCUGCUUAAGUAUAUAAGUCCCGUUGCUCAUUCGUUCAGCACACUUUGGAAGGUGGAAUUAAGCACCAGCCUAAAGCAAGAGUGAAGACUAGAUCUACAUCUGCAGCAGACACCGUGUUUCUGGCAUCAGAGUAGAGAGAGAUGGAGAGUGUGCUCUCAGUGAAGAUGUAUGCCGUGUUCGCACUGGUUCUACUGGCGUCCAGUGUGAGUGAUGGACGGAUCCUCAGCAAAUGUGAGCUGAAGGCCCAACUGGAGGCAGCUCUGGGAGCGAGUAUGCCUGGAAAUAUGACCAGAAGUCUGUUUGGAAAUACGAGUGUGUCUAUAGCUGUUUCCGGAUAUCUACCUGGAAAUCUGACCGAAAGUAUGGUUGGAAAUACAAGUUUGCCUGUAAAUAUGACUGAAAGUGUUCCUGGAAAUAUGACUGUAAAUAUGUCCAGAAACUACACAGCCAGAAUUGUCUGUACGGUGGAACGCAUCUCAAAGUUCGACACCAGCCUUGUCACCACCAUCAAGAAGAACAAACCUGCAGGCAAACCCCAAGUCCAACCCCCUCCCAAACCAAAUGGGUACCCUUCAGGACGGCCAAAUGAAAAACCAGACAGAAGACCUGGUAAACCACAUAUGGGCCGUCCAGGUGGAAGGGGGAAAAGAUCACCUGGCAAGUUCCUCGCUGGCCUGUUCGGUGACAAAUCAGGCGAGUCUUCCGAGGAAGUGUCCGGCCCUGCUGGUGUCACCACUAAACUGUUUGGCAUCUUCCAGCUGAGCGAUCUUGUGGCCUGCGAUUCGGGAUCAAACCCGAGUCUGAACGUCUGCCGCAUGAAGUGCAGUGCUCUGACUGAUGAUGACAUCAGGGAUGACAUUGCCUGCCUGAACACCCUAUUGAACACUGUGAACAAUGUGUCGGAAGUGCUGCCUGUGGAGGAGUGUCGCUCUGUCAAUGCCAUGCAGUACUUUGCGGAGUGUGCCUAAAACGUUCCUCAGACGUUACAUUUCCGUAAUACACCGUGCUACAUAAAAGCUUCCUGGGUGUGUCUUAAUCUUCUGGACAUGGCUGAAUAAUAAUAAUCUAGUGAUAAUAACUAGUGAUAAUGCACUCAGAUUUAGAUGCAUUUAUCAGGAAUUAGACUUCAACAAAUAUGUCUUUACUGUGGACUCAACUGUUUCACUCAUAUACUCAUAUGAGGAUGCAACAUGUAAAACCUUUAACUAACAUGACAUUAAAAUGUGUUAUCAAAGACUUUAUGCCUCAUUCUAUGAGUAGAAUUCACAUGAGAUCAGUAAAAUUAUUGUUAAUUUGUCUUUUUUAGAUUCUGAAUUCAUGGCGCUAACGUGCUAUCCAUUAUAUGCACUGAUUACACUCUGUUCACCUUGAUCCACAUUCACUGACAUUAUUAUUGGAUUAAAAGAUUAAUGCUGCCUUCUUGUGCUAUCAGAAUUAGAGUUUCCCACUUAGAAGUUGCACAUGAACGACCCCUCAAAAUGGGAAAAUCUGAGCUCAUUUUGAUACCCGCAUUUCCGUGUUGGGAGGAGACGUAAACAUUCAACAUGGUGGAGGAGAGGACGGUUUCUGUGGUGAAUGAUCGGGUUAUUCAAUUGUUUAAAUACAGUUAAAUGAUAGUGCUUGCCGUUUCGGUCAUAUACCUGUAUGUACUGUAUAUCAAAAACAUGUACAUUUUUACAUCGUGAAAAUUGCUUUUAUUUCAGCAAGCUAAGUAAUGUGUAUUAUGGUGACAAAAUAAGAGUUCCUCAAGAAAUAUGCAUGAUGCCCCUAGCCUGAAUAGGGGCAUCAUGUGUAUACAGGAUAUUGUUAUAAACAAUAAUUAACCUUAAUUAUUAGGUUGUUCAAAACUAUCAAAACCGUUAUCAGUUUCUAAUAGAGCUAUUCCCAACUCAAACGCUAUGAAUCAUUCCUUUUCUUUAAAAAAAUACAAAAUUUAGUUACAGUGAGGCACAUACAAAGAAGUUAAUUUUUGGAGGGUUUAAAUGCAAAAUUGUGAAGCUUAUACUUUUAUAAAGAACUUACAUGAAUUCUUCUGUUAAAACUUUAUUAUUUGAGCUAUUAAGUUGUUAAAAGGGUUUAAUUAUGGUGUUACAUUGUCAUGACACAAAGUUGUAAUAUUGGUUAUUACUUACAUAUAAAAGAUUAAUAAUGUUAACAUUCAUAUUGUUUACAUCUUGUGGCUAUACUUUUGAAACAGUGAGUAUUUCAAUGUUUACUGAUUGGCCACAUUGACUUCCACUGUGAGUGCCUCAAGGUAAAUGCAAU